AUGGAUAUAUCAACACUAUCUAUAGAAAAUGAUCCUAAGUCCAAUAGGAAGGUAAUUAACAAGACAUACCGCAUAACAAAAAAGAUUGGGCAAGGUCAGUUUGGUAAAGUUUUACUAGCUGAGAAUAUAGGAAAGCAUAAUGUUCAGAAAUCAUGCACAACCGUUGCUAUAAAGACUAUAAACCGGCUUGAUAAGACGAGAUUGAUCACCAAAACGUACCUCAAUCAUACAACCAAAAUAAAGAGAGAAAUACAGAUUAUGAAAGAAUGUAACCACCCUAAUGUCGUGAAAUUAUAUCAAGUGAUAGAUGACCUUAAAUAUGACAAAAUCCUUUUGGUGUUGGAGUAUUGUCCGUUUGGAGAAAUAGAUUGGAAAAAAUACAACCAUUAUAAUGAAAAGUACAAUAAAAAAGACGGAAUCACGAUAAAUAAGAUUCUACGUGAUGUUUUGAACGGAUUAGAAUAUCUUCAUGACUAUAAAAAGAUUGUACAUAGAGAUUUAAAGCCAUCUAACUUACUAAUCAGUGCUGAUAAAACGAUUAAAAUAUCUGAUUUUGGAGUAAGUUUAAUUUUAGAGAACAAUGCCAAUGAUGAUAAGGAAUUAGGCAAAAGCAUGGGAACACCAGCAUUUUUUGCUCCUGAGUUAUGCCAGUUUGUCAAUAAUAGGUUAUCAAUGAUUAACGAUAGUUUUAAAGCAAAGAAUAAGAUUGAUUCAAGAAUUGACUUGUGGUCCCUAGGUGUAAUAUUAUAUUGCUUGAUUUUCAAUGAUCUACCGUUUAAUGGGUUUAAUGAGUUUGGAUUAUUCAAGAAUAUUGUUAACAAAGAUUUGAAGUUUCCUCGAGUCAAGAGUACAACUCAUACUACUAAAAAUGAUAUUAAGGAAUUAAGCUUAUUAAAAGAUUUGGUAGAGAAACUAUUAACGAAGGAUCCUACGAGGCGGAUCACUUUAGAAAAAGUAAAACAUCAUGGAUUUACGUUAUUUGAUAUAACACCUGAUGAACAAGACAAAUUUCAAGAUUUUAAUCGCCAAAUAAUACGACAGGAUGGAAGUUUAACAACAAAGAUAAAGAGACUUUUUGUGAGCAAACCGGAAUCACCAGUAUCGCCUAAGCUUCCGGCUGAUAAACCAGAACCAAGUGCUGAUGCUCUUGAGCCAGUGGACGAUUUGCUUGAUUCGUAUUUUGAUGAUUCAUCUUCGUUAGGGUCGUAUGAGGAAACUACUGAAAUUGAUACAACGAAUUUACUAGAGUCAUUGAAAACUAAAGAAAGUACUCCACCGAUAGAAAAUAAACCGAACAAUCUAUUGAACUUAGAAUUCUUAUCAAAAGAUAAUAAGAGUCAUAAGCGUACUAAUAAGAACACACCAUCGCCAUUACAGUUAAGCCAGCCUCUGCCUCAGCCAUACGCAUCGAGAUCUGCUUCAUCAUCAUCGAGUCACUUCCAGUCACCACUAUCUCCAAGCUCACCUAAUGCCAAUGCUGUUACUAUUGGCGUCGACUCUCCCUCAUCCAUCAAGUCCAUGUUUAGUCCCUCUAAGAGGUUUUUUGCAAGGAGUAAGAGCAAGGAACUGGCUAGUCCUAAUAAGAAAACUCAUACGAUAAGUUCGUUAUCAAACACUUCGUCACUAAAAUCAAAGAACAGUGAUAAAAAAUCCACGGUCUACAACGAUCUCAUGGAACCACCGCCUAUUUUUGGUACUACAAGUUCAUCGUCAAGUAUGAAUCAGUCCCCCUCAUCUACGUGCUCCCGUAAGAACUCCAUUUCCUCUGUGAAGUCAAGUGGCCUAAGCAGAAUUACAAGCUCUAGUUCCUCGUUGAAUUUAAAUGCAUAUUUGACCGAUGAUGUUUACUCCCUAUCGUCGAUGAAAGACCCUGCCAUCACAGAGAACUCAAAGGGAAAUAAUAAAGCUUCUAAUAAUAGCCAUCAAGGCGUAACCGAUGAUGAUCCCGAUGAAGAUGUGGAUGAGACAUUAAUCCUUCCAGAUCAUGAGCAAUCUGAUAUGAAACAUUAUUCAAGUAUGUCUGAUUUCCUAGAUAGAAUCUAA